AUGGGCCUCGACGCCGCGACCGCGGCAGAGGUCGCCGCGGUGGUCGCCCUGGCGGUGCUGAUCGUGGCCAUCGUCGCCGCAUCCGCGGGGGCCUGCGGCGCGGGGCGCGCCGCCGCGGUGCACGACGUCGAGCUGGCGCUCGGGGCCGACACGCUCGUGACGUACGACCAGGCGGAGGCGGCCUCGAAGCGCAGGAGGGCGCCGGUGCAGUCGACGGAGGGGGAGGAGGACGGACAGGAGGAGGCGCCGUCCUGCGCCUUGUGCCUGUCCGAGUACGCCGGGGGCGGCGAGCUCGUGCGGGUGGAGCCGGCGUGCGGGCACUUCUUCCACGCGGAGUGCGGCGUCGACGGCUGGUUCCGGACGCACGGGACGUGCCCGCUCUGCCGCGGUGGCGUCAGGCCGCUGCCGAGGCCCGAGUGCCCGCCGUUGCCGGCGCGCGCGCCGCGGCGGCCACCGUGCGAGCUCCGGCGCCAUAAUGGGUCAAUCUGCUUGCACCUUAGGCCCACUUACCAUCGUUGA